AUGACCUCGAAGACAAAUACUGGGUCAGAGAAGAUUUCAUCGUCGCAGGAAUAUCACACCCAAGAUCAAACACCGGGAUGGCGGCCAUGUUAUCUCCGAAGGAGAGUGUUGGUUGUUUUCGCGAUCGUCUUCUGCAUAUUCAUAGGGGCUCUGGAGACACUCAACCAAAUCUCUCAAGCUCACAAUGGCAUCGCGUCUUCGGUUGAAAGUCGCCACUACUUUUGGACCUACGGACCUACUGCAAUCCUCACCAUCGUCGCCUUAUUUUGGUCACGCGUCGAGUUCCAAGCGAAGCAGAGUGCACCGUGGUACUCUAUGCUACAUGAACCCCAAGAGGCAGAGAAGAGUGUGCUCUUAGAUUACAUAUCCGAGAUGCAACCUGUGUCUAUAUGGACAGCCUUGAAGAAUAAGCAUUUUACCGUCGCUGCUGGCGUAAGCUUGUCAAUACUUCUCCGCCUGCUCGUCGUCUUCUCUACUGGUCUAUUUUCACUCCAACAAGUCCAAGUUCAAAGGGCCAACUUUCCCAUUCAGAUCCACAGUAACUUCAACAUCAAAAACUCUACACUUCAGGACUUCGGAUUGCAGGCAUACGACAUUCUCAACGGCGUGCUUUUCCAAGACCUCCCCUUUCCCGAAGGCUCAACUGCAAAUUUUGCAUUUCAAGAAUUCUCAGCAUUGGCUCUUCCGUCUGAUGCAAAUAUCACCGUACCAAUUCAAGGCUUAAUGUCAGACCUGGACUGUGAGCUUGCUGAUGUGACGGUUAAUCAUUGGCCGGCAGUUACUACAGGCUAUAUAACAUGUCUCGCCGACCUAACCACCCCAUCAUGCAAUAUCUCGAACGUAACACUUCAGUUUAUGACCGAUGAUGUUCCAUUUGGAGCGGAAUUGCAAGUAGGACAGUGCGACAAUAUAGAUGGUCCUGGGGGCAAGCGCGUCAUGGCCACCAUCCAAGAAGCCAUGAUCGUUCAGAAUAAAACUGAUGAUUCUAUGCCGUCCAAUAGAACAUUGACGCGCUCUGUUGCACUGAUAUGCAAACCUUCACUUCUUUCUAUGACCCUUAAGGCGCAAGUUAAGGCAUCUGAAUUAUCCUCGAAUGCUCGGUUCGAAACUCUUGGCUUUCAAAAUGCGACAUUGCCGGGUCUAACAGCGGGUGACCUGAUUUACCCGGUUAUUAGUGGAUUUCGCAACACUAAUGGCUUCAGGGCCAUUGAAACGCACCGGACGAUCGCGGUAAUACAGUCUGCUGAAUCACAAACGUCAGAAUAUCCUGCUCAAUCACAAGUGGCACUUGGCAUGUGGCUGACAGGAGCAACCCCCAAGCUUGAACCUCUCUUUAAGGUUGAUGUGCUUAAGAAUGUAACUGUGUCAUAUUAUCGCGCAAUGGCCGCGCAGCUUCUGCAUCUGGGUUCUCAACAAGAGAAAACGACAUCAUAUGGUCAGGCAACGGUACAUCAGAAUAGAGUGCUAGUAUCGCAACUACCCCUUCGAGUGAUGGAAGCUUCUCUCUCAUUGGGAAUCCUGCUGCUGGGUUGGAUGAUUUUUCUUGCGUCGCGUGAGACAUUGGCUCAGUGGAACCCGAGCUACAUCGCUUCCAUUGUAGCAAUCCUAGCUAAUAGCAAAGCUCUCCAGCAGUCUCUUCGCGGCACUGGGGUAGCAAGCAUGGAGGAUAUUCAUACUCGCCUAGUUGGUCGACGCUACUAUUUGCAAAGCGCACCUCGAGGCACUGCAAUUCUAGACACAAGCGAGGAUUCCAAUGAGCUAGACUUCAAGCCUACAACUGAAUACGUCGCAUGGAAGCCAUUCCCGAGUCUCGCCUCUCGGGCUUCUGGCUUUGUCGUAAUUGCCAUGAUCAUUGCCGCCUUGGAGACUGUCCUGCACCUCUCUCAGGCAGGGAACGGCAUAGGAGAUAUUGCCUUCAAUGAAUACGUGCACUAUCUGUGGACAAUUAUCCCCGCGUUAAUUAUGGUGUUAAUAAGUAUGUUCUACUCAACCAUGGAUUUCAAUACACGGUGUCUUGCACCAUACGCUCGCCUGAAACAAUCUACCGGUGCCAUGAUCAAACACUCUUUGGAACUGAGCUUCAUGGACACCCUCGGACUGCAUAACAUUGUCCUUGCAAUUCAAUCGAGGCAUUUUUCGGUGCUAGCAACCACAUUAGCGACUGGGGCUGCCUUCUUUCUGACCAUCGUCACCAGCGGUUUAUACUCAGCCACUGAUAUCCCUCGACAUAUCGGCUCAAAUUUUACACAGAACGGCAGCUUUCCAAACCCUAAAGCCAUUGCCCCAGCUGCUUUCAACAUAGACGAAUAUGCUGAGGUCACGGGAAUUGUGACUGCUAAAUACAUUCUUCAAGACAACCUCACAUUUCCAAGUUGGACAUGGGACGGCCUCGCGCUCCCAGAAAUAUUACCACACGCUAUAUCGGGUGCAAGUUGGGCAAUGGAAAGCUCCUACGUAGACCUCCGAGUGUCUGCACUGAGAGCUGCUCCUUCCUGUCGGCUCCGAACGAGCGCAGAGCUGAAUCCAAACAUUACCUUGGAAGAUGGUUCAACCGACAAAUUUAGUCUGACCGUUAAUUUGCCUCGUCUGUCUUGCUCAUAUAACACCCCGAAAAUGAAUUUCACGCAGGAAUUGUUCAGCGAGAAGCCACUUGAAUCCCAACACUUCGGAUACUCGGUACAGUACCCAUGUUCUAAGGAAGAUCCCAUGCUUCCUUCGCCCAUUCUCUGGACAAACUCGUACAUCUGGGGACAGUUAAGCAACACCUCUGUAAAGAGUAUCAUGGCUCUCACGUGUAUGCAAUACGCAGAAACAGUCGACACUUCAGUACGCUUAAAGUUGCCAGGACUAGAAAUUGCCAAAGACCACCCCCCAGUACCCGACGAGUCGACCGCAAAAUUCGUUCCAGAUGUCUACGUGCCGAUAUCUGAGUGGUGGGUCCUAGGUGAUCGUGAAUCAUACCCCAUGACAGACGCUUUCUUCCAUUUCUUAACUGUUGGAAAGUACGGCAUUCCAACCGAAGACCUUGGAGCUCCAGGGAAGAGCGAAAAGGUUAUCAGAGCAAUCAAGCGCCAGAUACGGCUCAUCACCGCUCAGCAAUUCAACUCUUACUCUCGUGGCACAUCGAAUGAAACAGCAUCUCGAGCAAACCUGGUCGGGAAUAUCACGAUGCCAAAUCGACUGCGAUUAGUUCAGGAUGCCACUUCAACACGGAUCCUAGAAGGAAUCCUUGCAGCUAUGCUUGUAUUGGGUAUACUGGGCUCCGUAAUGAUGAAUACGGAUCAUGUUCUGCCGAAGAAUCCAUGCAGUAUCGCAGCUGUUGCGAGUCUGUUGGCAGAUUCAAAGCUUAUAGAUCGACGUGUGUUGGAGAUGACGUUGCCAAACACCAAACCCCUCCAAUCCACCUUUUUUGGCAAUUGUUGUGCUUAUUUAGGCUGGAGGUAUGGGGAAAUUAGCCCUGGGUCGUUGGGUGUAUGUGAGGAAAUGGGAGGCCACGGCAAGUUCACGAUAUAUCUUGACUCGGAAGACGAAUCAAGCGGAUGGAACAUGUUCUAA